AUGUUACUCUUGGCCAGAGCAGGUCAGUGUUUUCUUCUGCUGUAAUUCUGUGUCAGAUUUGUGGCGCCAAAAUAUCGCGUAAAGUCGAAAACUCCUGGGGGGGGGGAGUACUCAUCAAAGUGUUGUACGAGGAGGCCCGACGUCUAAUCCUUACCUUUUGAUACGCCAAUUUUGAUAAAAAUGUACCUCUGCGUUGCACCUCUCAAGGAAAUACUAAAUAAAACUAAAUUAAACUUAAUGACAGAUUUCCUUAGCCGUUCACUACUUUCAUCUUGAACUUGUUAGACCCCUACGCCCUAAAGCGUUUGAAAAGGGUACCCCUUUCGGGUGGAGCCUCCCCGCAUAGAAAGCAUCAUAGAAUACUGGGUGCUUUCGAACAAUUGUUCAUCGCAACAAUUCCCUGUAACUAGAGAUGACGUGAUGAGCGUAAAGUCCUUUACGUAUAAGUACUGGCACACUCUUUCCCGAGGAAAAGAACCGAAAGCAUCUCACUUUUACACCGGCGUUAUACAAUAACGUUUUGAUUGCACAAAAAACUGCAAAACUAGUUUAGAGGUCAACCCAACAGCCCUGGGGACGAGGUUGGUUGAGAUGUCGCCUACAAAGGGCUUAGGUGGGACAAAUUUCCUGCCUCCCCUAGGGUCUCCCAGGGGUUUGGACCGGUGGCGGACAACCGAACAUGGUGUCAUGGGCUCCUGAAAUCACCAAGGUGAUCAAUUUGCACUGGGGAGCAAAAUAAUAAUGUGCUCGUAUGAUGUCAGAAACACACGCCAAAGCAUCCAACAGUACAAUUGUACUCCGCAUCAUUGCCCGCUACGCUGUUGCGACAAAUCCUAGGGAUCUAGGACUAACUCUUCGCCUAACUAAACUUUACCCUGGCCCUAGCCAAGCGGUUAAGUAAACAUAUGAACAUCUUUUGCAAGGUUGCUUUGAAAUGGAUGAGGUGCAUUUGAACACAACGAUAUGUCCUCGUCACCGGGACCUAUGGGGAAUAAGAUGGCGUAACAACAAGAAGAACUGUUCUUGUCCAGACAAGUGGAAACAGCAUGAAAAGAACCAGAAAGGAGAUCGAGGGAUAAACAUGGCUCAGUCGAGAAACCUGUAUAUCCAGACGCAAAUUAUAUUGCCCGUGGGUUCUCGUAAGUACUACUGCUAUGAUCCACGCGACGUUUAGGCUAUAAUAACUUGUCCAACAAUUUUAAAGAAGAAUCACUUUUUCAUCGUGUUCUAAUAAAUGUUUUAAGACUGCUGAUGCAUGCCGCUAGUGCAAUUGAAUGAUUUCUUUUAUUUCUUUUCUCACAAAAUUCUUUCUUGAUUUUUUUUUUAAAUCAAUUUGGAGUGGGCAAUUCUAGACUUAGAUUAUCCAUACUGGUUACGGCUAAAUAAUGACAGACAGUUAAUCUGUUUAUUCCAAUGUUAGCCAUAUGCAAACAAUGUGGAACAAGACUAAGCAUUCAAAGGGAAGACGAUGAGGUAACAUUAACAGCGCCUAAAUCCCAAGAUGAAACACGUGGAGACAAGGAUUGCGAAGAGCCAGAAUCCACUUCCUCAAGUCCAGGAGAGCCGCGACUUGACGUUGUAAGUUAAAUUAUACCAGGGUCAAGUUGUGCGGUUAAAAGAACGAUAUAUCUAGGCUAACAGUCGGUAUAUUAUAGUUGCUUUUCAAAUCUCGGGUGUGGAACUGAAGGGACCGGGAAGCUCAGAAAAAAAAGCAAAAACAAAACAAAGCAAGAAAAAAGCAAACAAACCUUUGUAGCCUCAAACUAGCGGCACGAAAAAACAACUUUUAAAUUUAACAAAUUUUUUAUCAAUGUGCGGACUUCUCUCCGGAAGAACGUGUUAGAGGACUCACUAGAAACUUACAAGAUUUCAGAUAAGGAGGAGUCGAGUAAUAUGUAUGACGUUACAAUUGGCCAAAUUUAUAAACGAUCGGAAGACUGGGUACUAAUGUGAUUCAACACUUGUCAACUGAUGGAGCAUUUAAACUUGAGUGCAUUGAUUAAAUUUCAUUGUUUUUGGAAUAGAACGCUUCUAAAAAUAUGUAAUUAUAGAGACCUUUAACUAGAUUAGGGACUUUUAAUUUCCCUUUUGGCAUUGGCUAAGUAAUAAGGUGUCUUUUCAUUAGGAGGCCGACCAACUGUCUCAAUCAAUGGGCCAACUCUUUAUUGAGGAGGAAACAAGUCUUUAUCUUCCAGAAGAUACAGGCAACAGUAGUGAGUCUUCCGGUGCCGAGGACCAACGUACAGUACGUAGGAGCACAGAGAACAAAGUUAAAUGA